AUGCUGCAGGCUGCAGGUGGCGGUAUCGCUGCAAGCGCGGGCAGGCAGGGAAGCGCACUACUGUUGGACGCUGGUAACGGACUUAUCGUUGCAGGAAUAGCCUUUCAGGUUUUCACUAUGAGUAUCUGUGGCCUCCUAAUUCUGGACUUUGCGAUACGUUUCUGGCGCUCGAAACCAGGCCAUGCUAGCGAUACUCUCACCCCCGAAAAGACUGCAUAUCAGAUGGAUCUAGGGGACGCAAAGAAGAUGACGAGUCUCAAAACGUUUUGCUGUGCUAUAGUCAUUGCCUACCUGACGGUCCUGAUCAGAUGCAUUUACAGAUUGCCUGAGAUGGCUGGUGGUUGGGGCAAUCCACUCAUGCAGAAGGAAAAUGAGUUUUUACUUUUGGACGGCAUAAGGAUGAUCGCCAUUGCCGCCCUUGCUUUAACUGCUGCCCAUCCAGGGAUUUUCUUUCAGCCAAUGAGGAGAUUUGCAACGAAGAAGAUCCCGGACAGCCUGGAGCAGUCAGUGCAAAGCCAGGAAAAGUAG